GACCUAGCUUAGCAAAAGUCACAGGAGCUGAUUCCAGCUCAGCUGUACUCCAAAGUCCAACCUUCUCUCUUCCCUCUCUGUCUGUGCUGCUCCACCUGUUUUGAGGAGUUCAAGGGUACAGGAAGAGUUCUUGCAUCCUACUUCUCCCUCCCUCCAAGAAAUCUACCUUUAGCUCUUGUUUGUUAGAGGCUUUAUUCGUUGGGGCUUGGGAGUUGGGGACCAUUUCUUGCGGUUCUUGACGACUCUUUCCAUGGGAGCUUGGAAGCUGCUGGAUCUCUACAAGUGACCAUGAGCCAAAGAGAGAAUCAUUGCCUCGAUUCAUCACAACCCAUGAUGAGAUGUUUUGACAUCAACGUGCUCUGUGAAGAAGCAAGGGCGAGGUGGUUAAAGCCUUCGGAAGUCUUCUAUAUCUUGCAUAAUCAUGAGAGGUUCCCAGUCACCCCUGAGCCACCAAAGAAGCCACCCAGUGGUUCACUAUUCCUUUACAAUCGCCGUGUGAAUAGGUAUUUCCGGAGAGAUGGCCAUUCAUGGCGGAGGAAGAAGGAUGGAAGAACUGUUGGGGAGGCUCAUGAACGACUGAAGGUUGGAAAUGUUGAUGCUCUGAGUUGCUAUUACGCUCAUGGUGAGCAAAAUCCAUGUUUCCAGAGGCGGUGUUUCUGGAUGCUGGAACCUGCAUAUGAACACAUUGUGCUGGUGCAGUAUAGAGAGGUGUCUGAGGGCAGAUACUAUUCGUCACAACUGUCGAAUGGGCCACCAGAAUCUCUUUCAACCUUGACACAUCCAAAUGCCAUCUAUGGAAACCAAUAUCACAGCUCCGCUUCUGGCAUUAGUGAGGGUAGUGAAUCCCAUCAAAGCUACUCUAAUUUGAGUUCUAUAACUGAGGUAAGUUCCUAUUCUGGGAACAGAGAGUACAACAAAGACAGUGCCAGUUUACUAAGCAUACCAGAGCUUGGACAGACUUUUCUGGAACAAACUACUGAAGUUUGUUGGACAGAUAAUGGUAAUUUGACAAAUAAAUCUGGGCUUAAUCUGGCUUUGAAGAAGAUAGCUGAGCAGUUAAGUUUGGGUGAUGAUGAUGAUGACUAUAUUUACUCAAAUCAAGCGCAGCCUUUGGGAUCUGAUAAAAAUAUUGAGGCUGCAGGUGACAACCAAGUAAAACAAAUUCGACCAGAAGGAACACAAAAUGGUUUAGGCAGGCAUAUAGCGCCAUCGUGGGAAGAUGUGCUGCACUGCAGUACAGGUUUGCCAACUUCAUCUAUAUACCAGUCGGAUGUCCAGUAUCAGCAAAAUUCGGAAUAUCAGCCGCCAGGAGGCCUAGACAAUAGUGAUUUGCGCAUACAACUUUCUGCUGCUAAAAGAUUUCUUUUAGGACCAGAAGACACUAUUGACUCACCAUCUUCGAACUUUGUACUGAGAAACAAAGGGAAUGGUGGAACUGAUACUCUUUCAGCUCAUGACAGUAGACUCGAAAGCUCUCUGAACCCAGACUGGAAAACAAAAACAUCGUUAACAUUUCAAAGCAAUUCGCAGGGUUCUGAAAUAACAGAGUUGUUUGGCCAUGGUCAGUUUGAAAUAGCAGAUACAAGACUUACAUUAGGACAGAAGCAACAGUUUAUCAUUCGUGAGAUCUCUCCAGACUGGGCAUUCUCCUACGAGAUCACCAAGGUCAUCAUUAUUGGAGAUUUCUUAUGCGAUCCAUCGAAUUCAUAUUGGGCGGUGAUGUUUGGUGACAGUGAGGUACCUGCUGAAAUAGUUCAGCCGGGUGUUCUCCGCUGUCACACACCACUGCACAGCAGUGGGAAGCUCACGCUCUGCAUUACCUCUGGGAACAGAGAUGUUUGCAGUGAAGUCAAAGAUUUUGAGUUCCGUGCAAAACCAACGGCUUCUGGUUUCACUGACCUUGCACCAUCCUCUAGACCUCUUAAGUCCAGCGAAGAGUUACUGCUUCUUGCAAAGUUUGCAAGAAUGCUUUUAUGUGAGAAUGGAAGCUCUGAAGUUUCAGGUGAUGAUCCCUGGUCUGGACAGUGUCUGAAACUUAAGAUGAAUAAUGAGCAUUGGGAGCUGUUGAUUGAUGAACUCAAAGAAGGAUGCAAGAAUCCACUAACCACGGCUGAUUGGAUGAUGGAGGGACUGCUAAAAAGUAAAUUACAACAGUGGUUAUCAUCAAAACUCCAAGGAUACAAUGAGGCAGCUUGUUCUCUGUCCAAGCACGAGCAGGGUAUUAUACACUUAAUAUCUGCACUAGGCUUUGAGUGGGCACUAUCUUCAAUUCUCAGUGCUGGUGUUGGUAUAAAUUUCCGUGAUUCAAAUGGAUGGACUGCACUUCAUUGGGCUGCUUAUUUUGGAAGGGAAAAGAUGAUUGCUGCACUUCUUGCUGCUGGUGCAUCGGCUACAGCAGUCACCGAUCCCACUGCACAAGACCCAGUUGGCAAAACAGCAGCUUUCCUGGCUUCUGAACGAGGACACAUGGGUCUCGCAGGCUAUCUUUCUGAAGUGUCGCUAACCAGCUAUCUUGCAUCCCUCACUAUAGAAAGCGAGAUUUUUAAAGUCUCAGCUGCAGUUGAAGCAGAUAGAGCAGUGGAAAGCAUAUCUCGGAGGAGCGCUCAACUGCAUGGUGGCACGGAAGAUGAGCUCUCAAUGAAGGACUCUUUGGCAGCUGUGAGAAACGCAGCUCAAGCAGCAGCUCGCAUCCAGAAUGCUUUCCGUGCCUUUUCUUUCAGGAAGAGACAGCAAAAGACUGCUCGACUUAGGGACGAAUAUGGAAUGACCCAAGAAGAUAUAGAUGAACUUGCAGCAGUAUCAAGGUCGUACCACCAGACAGGUCAGUUUUAUGAUAAAGCAGCUGUUUCAAUUCAGAAGAAAUACAAAGGUUGGAAAGGGCGCAAACAUUUUCUCAACAUGCGAAGAAAUGCAGUUAAAAUACAGGCUCAUGUAAGAGGCCAUCAAGUGAGAAAGAAAUACAAAACUUUUGUAAGCACUGUUAGUGUGCUAGAAAAAGUGAUACUGAGGUGGCGCCGGAAAGGACAUGGCCUACGUGGCUUCCGAGCUGAGCAACAACCAAUGGUUGAAGCAGUGGAGGAAGAUGAGGAAGAUGAUGACUUUGACGAUGACGAAGCAGUCAAGAUUUUCCGUCGGCAGAAGGUUGAUGAAGCUGUACAGGAGGCUGUCUCAAGAGUGCUGUCCAUGGUAGACUCUACUGAAGCAAGGAUGCAGUAUCGUCGAAUGCUUGAGGAGUUUCGCCUGGCAACUGCCGAAUUGGGUGGAUCAGAUGAAGUAACAUCAAUAUUUAACAGUGACUUAGAGUUAGUAGGGAUCAACAACUUCAUGCACUGAAAAAUGUGCAGCGUGUAAGGAGCAUUUCGGGAGCUGCCAGCAAUGAUAUCAAGUAUUUAGGAAAUGGGUUCAACUUGGAACUAAUUAGUUUGUACAUUGUUUACCUGAAUGUAGACUGCAACUUCUAUAUACCUUUUCUCUGUAAGUUAUUUGUAUUUGUUGUUGGAAAUGGCAGUUUAUGUACACUGUAUUUAGGUGUCUGUAACUCCAAGGGAAGAAUCCAGUAAGCAUGGUAGGAAUUGAUGUACAUUACACCAUUUUCAUGAAUUGCUGGCUUAGGCAGUUAGGAAAAUCAGUUUCUCAA